AUGAGAGUAGCAAGGCCACCUCCACGGCCAUGGGGGACCAAUGAGAGUAGCAAGGCCACCUCCACGGCCAUGGGGACCAAUGAGAAUAUCCCCUCCUCCAGGUUUGGUGAAUGGACCAACCAGACCCUCAAGACUGCCAUGGUCAAGUCCCUUCAUUGGUAUCAGGAAGGAUGGGAGAUCAACCUGAAGGAUUGCAAGGAUUACACAAAGGUAUGCCAUUACCUUGGAAGUCCUCUUCUAGUGGACUGUGUUCUGGGUUACUAUAAGGUAGUGGACUGUGUUCUGGGUUACUAUAAGGUAGUAGUGGUAGACUGUGUUCUGGGUUACUAUAAGGUAGUAGUGAUAGACUGUGUUCUGGGUUACUAUAAGGUAGUAGUGAUAGACUGUGUUCUGGGUUACUAUAAGGUAGUAGUGGUAGACUGUGUUCUGGGUUACUAUAAGGUAGUAGUGAUAGACUGUGUUCUGGGUUACUAUAAGGUAGUAGUGAUAGACUGUGUUCUGGGUUACUAUAAGGUAGUAGUGAUAGACUGUGUUCUGGGUUACUAUAAGGUAGUAGUGAUAGACUGUGUUCUGGGUUACUAUAAGGUAGUAGUGAUAGACUGUGUUCUGGGUUACUAUAAGGUAGUAGUGAUAGACUGUGUUCUGGGUUACUAUAAGGUAGUAGUGGUAGACUGUGUUCUAGGUUACUAUAAGGUAGUAGUGAUAGACUGUGUUCUGGGUUACUAUAAGGUAGUAGUGAUAGACUGUGUUCUGGGUUACUAUAAGUUAGUAGUGGUCGACUGUGUUCUAGGUUACUAUAAGGUAGUAGUGGUAGACUGUGUUCUGGGUUACUAUAAGGUAGUAGUGAUAGACUGUGUUCUAGGUUACUAUAAGGUAGUAGUGAUAGACUGUGUUCUGGGUUACUAUAAGGUAGUAGUGGUAGACUGUGUUCUAGGUUACUAUAAGGUAGUAGUGGUAGACUGUGUUCUAGGUUACUAUAAGGUAGUAGUGGUAGACUGUGUUCUGGGUUACUAUAAGGUAGUAGUGAUAGACUGUGUUCUAGGUUACUAUAAGGUAGUAGUGGUAGACUGUGUUCUAGGUUACUAUAAGGUAGUAGUGGUAGACUGUGUUGGUGACUAUUAUAAAGGACUGUUGUCAUCUGCCAGUUAGCUAAUCUUGCUCUCAUCUUAUUUAAUUAAAAUCAAUCAGACUAAUGUGGAAAUUGAACCACUGGUAUUAAAUGCUAUCCAAUAUUUUAAGUUGCCGGUAUGGAAUCAAUUCUCUAUUUUCUGUUUUUGUUCUGGAUUUGCUUUUUCCUGAUAAUCUAGUUCAUGAUAAUUUGCUCACAUUGUAUAUAGACUUGUUUAUACUGUAUUAUUGACUGUAUGUUUGUUUUACUCCAUGUGUAACUCUGUGUCGUUGUUUGUGUCGAACUGCUUUGCUUUAUAUUGGCCAGGUCGCAGUUGUAAAUGAGAACUUGUUCUCAACUAGCCUACCUGGUUAAAUAAAGGUGUUCUCAACUAGCCUACCUGGUUAAAUAAAGGUGUUCUCAACUAGCCUACCUGGUUAAAUAAAGGUGUUCUCAACUAGCCUAUCUGGUUAAAUAAAGGUGUUCUCAACUAGCCUAUCUGGUUAAAUAAAGGUGUUCUCAACUAGCCUAUCUGGUUAAAUAAAGGUGUUCUCAACUAGCCUAUCUGGUUAAAUAAAGGUGUUCUCAACUAGCCUAUCUGGUUAAAUAAAGGUGUUCUCAACUAGCCUACUUGGUUAAAUAAAGGUGUUCUCAACUGGCCUACCUGGUUAAAUAAAGGUGUUCUCAACUAGCCUACCUGGUUAAAUAAAGGUGUUCUCAACUAGCCUACCUGGUUCAAUAAAGGUG